CCUUUUUACAUGUCCACCACAUGUGAAAAAAGUUCCCUCCGUUUCUUUACACUUCCAACAUUUAUCUGAUUCUAUUUUAUAAAUCUUAGCCAACCUACUCUGAGUUAAGUACCAACUAUUAAUGAUUUUCAAAUAAUUAUCUUUCAAUUAAUAAACUUUUCUCCCUCUAGUUUGGUCCCCCUAUAUCUGUGAGGUGCAAGCCUGAAUUCAGCUGAGUGCAGGAAAUCUGAAUGCGAAUUUGACAUUCUUCCCAUAUUUUCCCUGUUCAGUUUCCCUGUGUCGUAUUAUGAUAUUGUUCUUUCUGCCCUUGCAUAGAGGGAUAUAAACUUUCAUAUUUAUAGUUUUGUGGUUUGAUGUGUUAUAGAAUAACUUCAUAACCUCUUUAAACUCUCUGUAUGGGAGGGGUGUCAUGCAAAAGCCGAGAUACAGGUUGCUUUCAUAUGACCUGUUUACUGUUGCUUCCAUAUGACCAGUUUAUUCCAUAUGACCAGUUUAUUCAUUCCAUAUGACCAGUUGCUUCCAUAUGACCAGUUUAUUCAUUCUUACUACUUAAAAGAAAGAAAGAAAGAAAUUAAUAAAAGGGGGAGAGGCGAGAAGUGAGGGGGAAAAGAAAAGCUGUGUAUAUAAAUUGAUAUGGUGUUAUUAUCCUAAUACUUAUGUAGAUAUUAAUAGCCUGCUACAUUCCCUGUGUGAAAGCCAUAUGGCACUUGAAUCAAGCAAUAGUAACCCUACAUUUUCCAAGGUGUUUUCCUGUCAAUUUCUUUAUUGCAAAAUGUUUGAUUGAGGUGGGAAGGAGGGAGAUUGUUCCACAAGAGCACCAUAUGUGCUGUGCAUCUUGAAUUUCCGUAUAUUAGAUUGACUCCCAUGCACAACAGUGUUCAAGAACUAUGGAAAGUAAUGCAUUGUUUUGUGAUAUCUGCACUCAUUCAUAUGGAAAAGAGGCAUCUUCCUAGUAAUAAAACAGUCUUUUAUGAACAGAGAAACUGUGAAUCUGAACAUUUCCUGUUCAGUAUAAUGUGCACUGCAUUCAGUGUUAUUUACUGAAUCUUAGUGGCUUUUCUUUGCUCAGCCACACGGUGGUAGUACAGGCAAAGACAUGGACUGGAAUUCAGAAUUUUGUGAAGGAACUCACAGGAAGCCAUGAGCAAAAAGGUGGCUGGAACAAAGGACGGGUGACUUUCAUACGCAAUAAAGAGAUCACAUACAGCACAGCAAAGCCAUCAACACGGCAGCAUCAAAUUCAUUUCUACAGCAGCAGAGAUUAUCAUUGGAAGUGUGUCAGAAACUUCAUCUUUUGGCCAGAGAUUCUUGAGCCAUGGGAGACAGCUACAGAAAGGAACAAGGUCUGUAUUUUUUGCUUUUCCUUUGUCUUCCUGGAGCACUGAGUAUAUCACUUUAUUAUUCUGUGCCUGAAGAAAAGAAAAGGGGGUCUUUGGUGGCUAAUGUGCUGGAGGAUUUGAAACUGGGAACCGGGGAGCUCUCUGCUCGCAGAGCCCAGCUGGUUUCUAAGAACAGUAAGCAAUAUUUUCAUCUUGAUACCAAGACUGGGAAUUUGUUGAUAAAUGAUAAAAUAGACCGAGAAACAUUAUGUGGCCAGACUGAUCCUUGCUUAUUACAGUCUGAAUUUUUUUUGCAAAAUCCCUUAAAGAUCUUCAGUAUUGAAGUCAAGAUAGAAGAUGUGAAUGAUAAUGUCCCCAAAUUCUCUAAAAAGGCAUUUGAUCUGGAAAUUCCUGAAAAUGUCUCUCCAAAUACACAUUUCCCCUUGGAAUUUGCCCGAGAUGAGGACCUGGGGAUAAAUAACAUCCAAAACUAUACUCUCAGUCCCAAUGAACAUUUCAUGCUUAGCAUGGAGAGCAACAAAAAUGGAAGGAAAUAUGUGGAUCUUGUUCUGGAGAAGCCACUGGACAGGGAGAAGGACUCACACUUUGGACUGACUCUCACGGCUGUGGAUGGAGGGGAGCCACAGAGAACAGGCACGGUUAAAAUAAAUAUUGAUGUUCUUGACAUCAAUGAUAAUUCCCCACAGUUUACUCAUUCUGAAUAUAAAGUAAGGUUAAAGGAAAACAGCCCACAGGGUACUCUGGUCUUCAAAGUGGAAGCUACAGAUUUGGAUUUUGGCUCAAAUUCUCAGAUAACCUAUUCAUUCAACCGUGUACCAGAAGAAAUAUAUGAUCUGUUCAACCUAAAUGAAAUCACUGGGGAAAUCACGCUUUCUGGUCAGCUUGAUUAUGAAAAAGAAACUAGCUAUGACAUGAACAUCAGGGCAACAGAUGCUGGCGGUCUUUCAGGUCACUGCAAGGUCCUGGUAGAUGUCGAAGACGUGAAUGACAAUGUCCCUGAAGUGUCCGUCAUAUCCAUCACUAGUCCUUUGGCAGAGGAUUCUCCUCUGGAGACACUUGUGGCUCUCUUCAGUGUCAUAGACCGAGACUCCGGAGACAAUGGCAGAACCGUGUGCUCUGUGGAGGUAAAUCUUCCUUUUAUGUUAAAAUCCACUGUGAAUAACUAUUACCAGCUUGUGGUCCAAAGUCCCUUGGACAGAGAGAAGGUCUCAGAGUAUAAUGUCACCAUCACAGCCGUAGACCAAGGCUCCCCCAGGCUCACUUCAACUAGAAUUAUUAAUGUUCAGAUCUCAGAUGUCAAUGACAACCCUCCAGUAUUUGAAAAGUCUUCAUGUGAAAUGCAGAUACGGGAAAACAAUAUUCCAGGACUGCUCAUUGGCUCAGUCCGUGCUGCUGAUCUGGACACCGAGAAGAAUGCCAAGGUCACCUACUCCCUUUUGCCUGGGAAGGUCACUGAUGGCCUUGUGGCCUCUUACAUCUCAGUCAACUCUGAAAGCGGAAAUCUGUAUGCCCUCCGAUCUCUGGAUUAUGAGCAGAUCAAAGAUUUCAAAGUGACGGUGAGGGCUACAGAUGGAGGGUCUCCUCCCCUCAGCUCAGAAGUUACUGUCCGAGUCGUAAUCCUAGACGAAAACGACAACGCUCCCUUCUUCCUCUACCCUCUUCAGAACAGCACAUCCCCCUGCAAUGAGCUGGUGCCCAAGUCGGUGGAGGCCGGCUACCUGGUCACCAAGGUGGUGGCUGUGGAUGGAGAUUCUGGCCAGAACUCGUGGCUUUCCUAUGAGCUGCUGAAGGCCACAGACCCUGGUCUUUUCAGCAUAGGAGCCCAGAAUGGGGAAGUGAGAACCAGGAGAGCCCUGAGCGAGCGAGACACCAGCAAGCAGAGACUCCUGAUAGUGGUCAGGGACAACGGGCUCCCUCCCCAGAGCAGCACUGCCAUGCUCCAUGUCCUUCCCAUGGGUGGCUUUUCGGAUCCUUAUAUGAAGGCUGUGGAGGUCAGUAAAGAGGAGCACGAAGAAGAUGGGACCUUGACCUUGUACUUGGUGAUCUGCCUGGCUGCAGUCUCCUUUGUGUUCCUUGUUUGCAUUGUUUCCUUUGCUGCCAUCAAGAUCUGCAGGAGGGAUCCCAGGGAAAGUUUUAUCGCUGCCCCUCCUCACUUCCCACCUGCCAGACCCGACAUCCCAGAGAACUGUGGCGAUUCUCAGAGCGGGUCUCUUUCCAGGAGUUACCACUACUAUGUGUGCUUAACCGGUGGGUCCUUGAGCAGCGAGUUCAGGUUCCUCAGGCCCCUCAUUCCUGUUUUUUCUGUGGGGGACCCAAACCUCAAUGUGAACCAGACCCCGCCUUCUGCUUCCCAAGAUAUUCCUGAACAGGUGGGGAAAGAAGAAUCAGAGGAAAAGGCCAGAGCAUCACUCUCUGAAGACGCUGCUCCCAGAUCCGGAGCCCCAGGUUGCACUGUUAAUCAGGCAACUGGGGCAAAUAUAAACUGUGGUCAAAAUGACUGGCUUACCUAUCAAUAGAUGAGGACGACCAACUCCAUCCAUCUUUCUUUCUCUGAAGACAAAUAACCAAAUGAUCAAGUCUCAUGCAAGAAACUUGACCCCUGGCCUGAAAAAAUAUGGGUCCUCUGCCUAAAGGAGAAAGAUACCAGGAAACUCUCUUGUGCAAGCAAAUAGAAAAGAACAGAAAUGCUCUUGUGCUGUUCUCAUUCAUUUCGAUGGAGCUUAUGUAGGAGAAUGUGUAGCUGGAUUGUCCACAUACAUUGACCUAGUAGACAAUUAUAUUUAUGCUUUGUAGGAUUUUACAGUAGCCCACUGCUCUUUUGAUCUAGCUGGUUAAAGAAAUGUAGGUGACUUUAUUGCAUGCUCAUUGUUGUAAUUAUUCCUUAGUUUACUUUUAUGCUAGCUUUGCUGCUUUCCUUCAAAUAUUUUCAAUGGUUAUAGCAAUUUCUCAGAAAUUCUGUUUUCUGGUUGUAAUGCAGCUGUUAGUCGUAUCCAGUAGCUUCAUUUGAAGACCUAACGAGACAAAUGAAUGAGUAUAAUCAGUAAGGGGGAGAAGUCUGGACAUAGUCCACUGGGACAUUGAAAGGAAUGGGAGCUUUGGAAGAGAAUAUUUCUCCCAUUUAUUUCAGCAAAGCUUGCACAUAGGACUUCCAUUUCUCAGUGAAUUUACACUUUAUUUUCUAGUCAUAGUUACACUGUGUGUGCACUUUCCUGUCUAAAUGCUCAAUUCUAUCGUUUCCUGUAGCUAUAUUUGUGUUAACAACUUCUCUUUCAUUGGCCUAGUUUGCACAUAACACUGAACUAAAUCUAGA